CUGCUCGACUUUGGCGCCUGGGUCAACUGCGUCGAUUCGCUGGGACUCACUCCGCUGUGGUACGCCGUUGCAGGAAGCCACCUUGAGAGCGUCCAGAAGCUGCUGGCCGCCAAGGCCGACACCGAGAUCUUUGAUGACAAUGGCAAGGGGCUGCUCCACCAGGCAUGUCUCAACGACACCGGCUCGAUCGCUGGUCUCCUCAUCGACUACGGCGCCAACAUAGAGGCCACCAACAGCGCCGGAAACACCCCGCUCCAUGUGGCCUGCAGCCGGAACUCGAGAGAAUGCGCCCGCUGGCUGCUGAUGCGCGGAGCCGACCGCACCAAGGUCAACAAAUCGAGCCAGACGCCU